CUUCCGGGUCGCCGCUCGGGGCCGGGGGGGGGCCUCGCUGCAGCUGCCGCAGCCGCCAUCGCCGCCGCGAUGCCGAAAGGAGGUAGAAAAGGAGGCCACAAAGGCCGAGCAAGACAGUACACAAGUCCUGAAGAGAUUGAUGCCCAGCUCCAAGCAGAAAAGCAAAAGGCAAGGGAAGAAGAGGAGCAAGAAGAAGGAGGUGAAGGAGCAACAGGGGACCCCAAAAAGGAGAAGAAGUCUUUAGAUUCAGAUGAGAGUGAUGAAGAUGAUGAGGAUUAUCAGCAAAAGCGCAAAGGAGUGGAAGGGUUGAUAGACAUAGAGAAUCCCAAUCGUGUAAUUCAGACAACCAAAAAAGUAACUCAACUGGACCUGGAUGGACCUAAGGAACUCUCGCGACGAGAGCGAGAGGAAAUAGAGAAACAAAAGGCAAAAGAAAGAUACAUGAAAAUGCACCUAGCUGGCAAAACAGAACAAGCGAAGGCAGAUCUUGCCCGACUAGCCAUCAUUCGGAAGCAAAGGGAAGAAGCUGCCAGAAAGAAAGAAGAAGAAAGAAAAGCAAAAGACGAAGCGGCUAUGGCAGGUAAAAGACUGCAGUCACUAUCCCUUAACAAGUAAGCACAGGACAUGCAAGAGGAGGAAACUCCAGGGAACUGUGCCUGGUGCCUGCCAGGAACUCUGUCGUGUUGCAUACCAUAGAUGCCACGUAGGGUGUACUGCGGCAUCGAAGUCACCUUCACCUCCAAGAGACACUGACGAUGUGUUUGUCCUCAUCCUGGCACAGAUUUCCAUUUGGGGUUAGGGGCAGCUGCUAUCUUCGGUGCAGAACUGUGCUGAACAGCAAUUCUCUGUAACAGUUUGGAAAUCUGAAUGUUUUUGCUGAUUUUAGGAUUCAGAACUCAUAGACGGGGCAGGGCGGGAGGGAGCUGUGCGGGAGGGGAGCUGCUUCAAAUAUUAGAUUGCAAGAAAAUAGAUUGUGGGGUCAUUGUGGGGUGGGGCAUGGGGUGGGGAAUUUUGACUUGCUAGUGAAAGCCCAAAGGAUAAUGUAUCUGAGGAAUCCUUUUUGGGCAAAUGGCCCAUCAAAUUUUGCUGCAGGGUGUUGCAGUGUAAGCUGGGAGCCUGACUUCAUGGACAUCUGGAGUGCCGUUUCUUCCCGGUUUCAUCCCUCCUUUCUUGCAGCCAGUCUCCCCUUUUCCCUCCUCUUCAUUUUUUUUUUUUUCUUCUCCUUAUUAGGGAUAGUGCCAGUUUUUAACCACAUCAUCCUUUGUUUAAAGGAAAAAAACCAAACAACAUUAAUUGUAUCAGACCCAGAUGGAAAAAAAAACUUGAUAAAGUUUAAAAAACGACAACAACAGAACUUGUAUAUUUGGCUGAUUAAAAUGUAAGUUAUCAUAA